UCAUCACAGGUCCUACACCUCCGGGAUAUUCAGAGGAGAUUGUGGUCGCGCAGUCAGUAAUAAGGUGAGGGUCUCAGAACUGAGCCCUGUAGGAGGUCACUGUUUAUCUGUAGAAGGACACAAGGAUCUGUACCAGGACAUAGUCAUGAUGGAGGAUCACCGGCCCCUCACAUCACAAGAUGGAGUCAUUGAUAGAAAUCCACCCGAAAGGUGUCCCUGUCCUCUGUAUACCCAGGACUGUCCAGAGGGAAAUGUCCUGUCUCAUCCGGGGGGAGAUCUGACUAAUAUUAAAGUGGAGGAUGAAGCAGAAGAAGAGAGGAUGAGGGGCCAUCACCCGUGUAUGAGGAAAGUGAAGGAGGAAAUUCCAGGAGGUGUUACCCCAGGAAAUCCCAGUAAGAAUUCGGAGGGAAACGUUAUGUUAUCUGUGACUGAUAAAGGAGAAGAUGGAGAGAUCAUGGAGCGCUGCUCAGGAGAAGAUGGAGAGAUCAUGGAGCGCUGCUCAGGAGAAGAUGGAGAGAUCAUGGAGCGCUCCUCAGGAGAAGAUGGAGAGAUCAUGGAGCGCUCCUCAGGACAAGAUGGAGGGAUCAUGGAGCGCUCCUCAGGACAAGAUGGAGAGAUCAUGGAGCGCUCCUCGGGAGAAGACCUCCUUACCCCUAAUGUCCAUCCAGAUCUAUCCUAUAAUAAUCCACCUGAUCAUGAGGAACCUUCUCCUGACCAAUCCCACAUUGUCACCACGAGGAAAAAUCAGAAAGAAGUGAAAAUGUUUCAUUGUGACAAAUGUGGAAGACAUUUUACAAACAAAUUAGAUCAUCUUACACACAGUAAACACCACACAACAAAGAGGUUGCAUUCGUGUCCAGAAUGUGGGAAAUGUUUUUCAAAAAAAUGCAAACUUGUUAUACACGAGAGAAUUCACACAGGAGAGAGGUCAUAUUCAUGUUCAGAAUGUGGACAAUGUUUUAAAAGUAGUUCAUAUCUUGUCAUACAUAAGAGAAUUCACACAGGAGAGAAGCCAUACUUGUGUAAAGUGUGUGGAAGAUGUUUCUUAAGUAAAUCCUGUCUUACGAGACAUGUAAGAAGAACUCACACGGCAGAUAAACCAUUUACAUGUUCAACAUGUGGAAAGAGUUUUACAAAACAAUCUCUUCUUGCCAAACAUGAGAUAAGUCACAUGGGAGAGAAGCCAUAUUCAUGUUCAGAAUGUGGAAAAUGCUUCAAACGUAAAUCACACCUUGAUCUACAUCAGAGAAGUCACACAGGAGAGAAGCCGUAUUCAUGUUCAGAAUGUGGAAAAUGCUUCAAACGUAAAUCACACCUUGAUGUACAUCAGAGAUGUCACACAGGAGAGAAGCCGUAUUCAUGUUCAGAAUGUGAAAAAUGCUUCAAACGUCAAUCACAAUUUAAUUUACAUCAGAGAAGUCACACAGGAGAGAAGCCAUAUUCAUGUUCAGAAUGCGGUAAAUGUUUUGCAGAAAAAUCUAAAGUUAUUUCACACGAGAGAAUUCACACAGGAGAGAAGCCAUAUUCAUGUUCAGAAUGUGUGAAAUCUUUUGCAUGCCAAUCAGCUCUUGUUAGACAUAAGAGAAUUCACACAGGAGAGAAGCCAUAUUUGUGUUCAGAAUGUGGGAAAUGCUUUAGAUGUCAACCACAACUUGUUUUACAUAAGAGAAUUCACACAGGAGAGAAGCCGUAUUCAUGUUCAGAAUGUGGGAAAUCUUUUGCAGUGAAAUCAACUCUUGUUAAACAUGAGAGAAGUCACACAAGAGAUAAGCCAUAUUUUUGUUCAGAAUGUGGGAAAUUCUAUUCAGACAAAGCCUAUUUUGUUAAGCAUAAGAAAAUUCACACUGGGGUGUAGCCAUUUUGAUGUUCUGUAUGUGGCAAAUGUGUUGCAAGAAAAUUUUGAAACUAGUCAGAAAAUGUACAUAGGAAAUAAGUGAUUUCACCGCUCCUGAACAUCCUCUUCAGGCUCCGCUGCAUGGCCGUCGCUCUUCUUUGUCGUUACCGCGUACGCCGUCCCGUCAUCCAAUAGGAGCGGCGUGCGCAGCGACGUGUUGACGGCGAUGGGCGGUGACGGUAUGGAGCGGCCUGGGACACGUGAGUAUAAAUUUCUAUGUUACUAUUGCACGGAUCCCUCAACAUACAAUGGAUUCAACUAACGAUGGUUCAUUUGGAACGAAUCACCAUGGUAUGUUGAGGGACCACUGUAUAUUACAAAUGGUCACCACUAACAUAGUGACAACAGAUACACCAUGUAAGGAUUUGUUUUUGUACGGUAAGCUUUAUUUGGUGCUAAGAGUAUACACCUUAAUCGUGUAUGUGUGUGUGUAUAUAUAUAUAUAUAAACGUGAUGAGUAUUUACCUCAGGGAGAGUUCACCACUCCUGGUGUGACGGAGCUUUCAAGGGCCACUAAGCACUCCGCAGGCAUUCUGGGUAGGGGAAUAUUCAAAUCAG